AUGCUAAACUUCUCCAGUCUUCGACUACGCGAUGUUGCGAUGUUGUUGGUUAACGAGUAUGAGAUUGUUCACACUGAAUUUCUCCUUGUCGUUCAGAAAACAUGGGACAGUCAUGUGGGAUCAUCUCUGCCCAACGAUGCAAUCAGUUACGCAAUAGAACGCGGACAACUCUGUCGUCGUUCAACGUCAGCAGCUCAACAAACACAACUCAAACAAGCACCAGAAGCUGUUAUACUGGGCCAGGGUCAAGUGUGA